GAUGAAGCUAAGGGUUUGGCAAGAGCCACGGACAGAAAAAACGCUUAUAAUAUAAAUACAUAAACAUACAAAUAUAUAUAAUUAAGCUAUUGCGAGAUCAAUGAACGCCGUAGAAUGGGAGCAGGAGUGCGAAAAAAUCAUUGUUUUUCGAAAUGCGGUUUUUGAAGGUAAACACAGCCGAAUUGAGGUCCCAGAAGAAGCCAGGUUAAAGUUUUUAAAGGAAAGGCUAAAAAGCUCUUUAAAAGGAGGCGAUAAACAGAAGGAAGAACCACAAGAGAGUAAAAAGGAUGAGGACUCCACCGUGGAAGUGAAGAAUUCAGAACAGGAAGUUCGUGAACCUUCUGAAUUGAAGAGGUCAGUAAGUGAGACUCCUUUGAUAGAAGAAUUGAAGCCUGUAUCUGGUGAGUUUACGAAUAUCCCUGGGUUGGGGUCAUCUCGAGUACAGAAGCCACAAGGAUCAUUGGAGACACCACAGCUGGGACGUGCGGCUUUGGAUCAAGAACCUGAUCAUAGAAACACCAAUAAUGAAGAAAAUGAAAUUUUGGAAAAAUCGUCUCCUAUAUCGUCAAGCUUACCGGUUCUUUCUCACGUGUCUUCUCAAAAAUCAACAUCAGCAGAUGCGAUGAAACCUGCAAAGCCCGAGAACGAAAAGGCUUCUUCUCAACUUCUCUCAUUUGUGAGUAAAAGUCUUGAAAAAAUAGACGUUAGCACGGUAAAGCAAGCGUCUUCUCUCAAAAGCUCCAAAUCUGCUUCUGAUAUACCUUCCCCUCCCAUGUCUGCAUUUGCACCUUCUCGUGUUUCUGCACCCUCCCCUCCACGAGUCCCUACCUUCUCCGUUCCUAGUCUGAAGCAUAUACAAUCUCCUGCGAAUGAAUCGUCUUUUCCGAGCGUUGAUAAACUUCAGACUGCUCUUCGGUUUCCUUCUCCUCCUCCAUCUGCACCAAUCCACCAGUCUCCUAAACAGAUUUACUCUUCUUCUCUAAAGGAUGAGGUUUCGAAUGUAACUGUUAAAGAUGAGGAAUUGUCACCACCACCGCCCCCUCUGGCAACAAUGCUAAGCUCGUUAGAAUCUCCCAACCAGCAGCAGCAACAAAAGCAACCAUACUCUCCAACUUGGGUUCCGUAUAACGUGAGUCAACCUCAAACAACCAUAAGACGAGUUCCGGAUUUACCUCCCAGUGAGCUGAGUCCCUUUCCCUCUGAUGCUGGAUCAUCACGACCUACCUACGAUUUCGAGUUUGCCGAAACAAAGGUUCGCUUCCAUCCAUACGAAAGAAGUAUGACGGGAAUGCAUUCUCCUUAUCCUUCUGCGGCUGAACCUAUGAGUGUCCCUUCUAGAAACUCAGUAGCUCCUCUGCAAUUUGCACCCUACAACAGGGAGGGAUCAUAUUUGCCGCAGCAUGACUACCCUGCAGAUUAUUCUUCGAAGGAAAUACAGAACUUUCCAUCCACUACUCGUUAUGCAGACUUCGAAGGUUUUAACGAUCAGUAUAACUAUUCCUCGUCUUAUUCGCCGUAUUAUCAUCAUCGUAUGAGAAGCUCAAAUGCUUUCCCUCAGAUGCAAGUGCCUUCUACUCCUGGUUACUACAACCCAUCAGCUGCUGUGGAUUAUAGAAGAAUGACUCCAAAUCCUACGCUUCACCGUUAUCCCGUGAAUGACCCUAGGUACAUUCACUAUCCUCCGAAUAGGAGCUACUACUAAUGGACUUUUUGAUUUAUAUUUUUGGACUACAUUGCUUCAUGCAAACAGUUUUGGAAACACAACAAUUUUGCGUAGAUAUAUUUUGUUUAUAGAAAAUUAUUUAUUAAUCCUAUAAUUUUUUUUUUAUAUUAAAUUUCUAUCUGAAGAUAUUGACCUUUUCUACAGUGCAGAAACAGCUAUUGAUCGAGC